CUAUAUAAAUAAACCCACCAAAUAUCUCCACUCCCCAUCCCUCUUUCACACUACCCAUCUUUUCUUUAUAAGGUCCAAGACCGACGUCGAAACUACAGUAACCAAACCCCAAAAAAUGCAGGAGGAUCUGACGUCAGCAGCGGCGUAUUACCACCACCAAUCGUUGAUCAUGGCAACGGCUAAGCAGCAGCAGCAGCAGCAACCGGGUUUACCGGAGCAAGAGCAGCUAAACUGCCCUCGCUGUGACUCACCCAACACCAAGUUCUGUUACUACAACAACUACAACCUGUUACAGCCACGUCACUUUUGCAAAAGCUGCCGUCGUUACUGGACCAAAGGCGGUUCCCUCCGUAACAUCCCCGUCGGCGGCGGUUCUCGCAAGAACAGCAGUAAACGAUCCUCUGUCGGAUCGUCCUCUUCUUCUUCGGCUCCGUCGAGCAGCAGUCCCAAGAGUAAAACCGUCUCUCUUUUCGACCAAGAGAGGAGUGUCAUGGGGAGUUCGGAAAUGGAUCCGACCCGGAUGUUAUACGGGUUGCCCGUUGGAGAUCCGACUGGUGGGAGUUUCAGCUCGCUGCUGGCUUCGAAUAUGCAGCAGAUAAGAGGGGUUAACUACCAAACCGGGUCGGGUUGGUAUCCGGGUAUGGAGUUGGGUUUGGGUUUUCGGAUAAGUGAUGAUGAUACAGUGGAGAAGAACUGAAGAAUAUGAAGGGUAAUUUGGUAAAUUUCGCAUAGAUGUAUAGGAUUUUUAGUCUUGGCGUAGUCAAUAUAAACGACAAAUGAUGUCGGCCCAUUUAAGUAAUAUAUAUAUUCUCUUAUUUUUCUUUCAUUUCCUGAUUGGCUCUUGUGUGCGUUAUAUGAUUAUAUGUUUAAUGAAAUUAUAGCAUGCGCCUGAUAAACAUUUUUUUUUGUUUUACGA